ACAUCCAACCUACAAGAAAGGCACAAAAAGCAAAUAAUAUUGAAACGAUACAAAAACAAAGGCCAUUUCGUUUCUCCUGUCAAUAUCGUAAGGAAUACCUGCUCUUAUUUCUCUUUACAAAUUUUCAUCACUUCACCAUUUCUAGGAAGUUUCCAAAGUUCAAGCUGAUUGAUUUAGCUUGUUCCUCAUCCACCGAUAGGAAAUGGCCUCGAUGGGGGGUGGGGGUUUCCUUGAUCCAGAGCCAUAUGUACGAAAGGUGAAGAAUGGUGGAAUGCUCAACUCGACAUUGAAGAGCAUCUGUUCCGCUGAGGAUAUGAGAACACAAGGUGUGAAGGCAGAGUUACAGUCAAGAAUUGUCGAUAGUAGGUUGUUUGCAUCUUUAAGAAGUUGAUGAUCGCGAACUCGCGCAGCCUCAUGCUCCAGUCUACCGGCGCUUCCAUUAUACGAUAGCUUGCAGUAUUAGAAAUCAAAGCUAACCUUUCUCUUUUUAUAAAGGAAUCAGGUUCUACGCGAAUGCGCAGGAUGAGACCAAAUUCAACCGCUUAAGACGAAUCAUAGACAAUCCCGAGACAGUAACAGCUGGAAUUAACCCACCACGUUCAUAUCAAAAUUCAGCUUCACCAGCAGCAAAUUCAAUACCUAACGGCGGCGCAACAAAUUAUCCCACACCUAGAGCAAGCAUGCCGUCAUAUAACAGGCCGAUGGGUUAUGGAAUGAGUACGUGAGACCUUGGUGAUAAGGUUAUGCGCCUGAUCUAAUUAUUCAUAGAGCUCGAGUUCAAACCAAGUCCAUUCUACGAUAUCAUGGAGCAAAUUGGAGAGGUCAAACCUUGUGAUGGUUGGUGUUUCGUCGGGAGUUCUGAAAUGUUAUGCUAAUCAUUAUCGAACAGCCAUGAACCAACACCGUCACACCGUGAACAUGCCGGUCAAGGUCCAAAACAACCCUAUAUUGUCUAGAGUCAUGAACGACCCAACCUUAAGAGUAAUGGUAUUCUGUGCGGGCGAAGGUAAUGGGAGACAGGAUAUUGCUUUUCCUCAUCAAUCUGAGAUCAAAGUGAACUCAGGAGAGAUUAAGGCAAACCUACGAGGAUUGAAAAACAAACCUGGAUCAACUCGACCGGUGGAUAUUACCAAGGAACUAAGGUUAAAAGUUCCUGGAUAUCAAAACACUGUCGAGAUGACCUAUGCGUUGACUACAAAGGCAGGUCUCAAUGGAGCUUUCGUGGCGUCUGAGGUUAAUAUCCACCAUGCACGAUCCUACCAUGUAUUUCUAUAGGAUUUACAAUGUGCUGUUGGCUUUGGUCCCGUAGAGUUGCAAUGCUAACUUUGAUUAUAGAAAUUCUAUUUGGUUAUAUAUAUGGUCAAGCUAGUUCCCGUCAAAGACUUGGUUAAGAGAUUGGAGGUUGGCAAAAAGAUUACCAAGGAAUCAGUUGUCAAUGACAGUAAGCUAUCAUCCCCUCAAUAUUCCAUGUCCCUGUCCUAAUUUUUGUAAGUGAUUCAUAAAUCAAGAGAUGCCGAUAUUGUAACCACUGCUUCGGUUCUAUCAUUGAAGUGCCCAUUAUCGACUUUACGAAUUGAUUUACCUUGUCGAUCAAUAUCGUGCAGACAUAACCAAUGUUUCGAUGCGACUUCUUAUCUCCAGCUACAAGAACAAGGGCCAACUUGGUCAUGUCCAAUAUGCAACAAUUCUGCGCCUUUCGAGACAUUAGUUGUUGAUGAGUAAGUACAAGACUUUCUGCACGCAUUAUAAGAUUGCUGACAUAUUUCAAGAUAUGUAAAGGACAUAUUACAGAGUACAUCAAAAUCUGUGGAUCAAGUCACAGUAGAACCAGAGGGACAGUGGAAACUCUACAACAGGCCCGACACCAUAUCAUCGCGACCAGGUGUAGCCUCAAGCGAUUUCUCCGAUGAUGACGAUGACGACUUGAUCGAACUUUCCCCUGGUGGAAGGAUAGCCAGUACACCAACUACAAGAACUAGUACUGGUAUCUCAAACAGUAUUGGAAUUCAAGCACAAAGUACUCGCGACUCCUUAUCGGCAGCACCAUCUAGUCGAUCUAAUCCAUUGGGAUCAUCAACAGGUGCUAAGAGACAGAUUUCGGAAGUUAUUGAUUUAUGCAGUAGUGAUGAUGAAGAAGAAUCACCUGCAAGACCUCCAAAAAAACAGUUUACUUCUGGAUCUUCUGGUCUGAAUGGAGCAGCUCCUGCUUUUAGGCCGAGCUUCCAAAAUCGCUAGUUGCAAAAGUGGGAUGGCUAGGGAACAUGAUGUGCCAAUCUGAUUUCUUAUUGACAUCAUGUUUUCUUUUCGAAUUUGUGCUACUUGACUGCCUAACUGGUUGUACGAUAUUUCUUUUUAUUUCGUGAACAAGGCUGGGAUGUAGCGAGAUGGGCGUUUUGGAGCUAUUAUGGUACAGUCUGAAUUAAUUUGUUUUGAUCUGCUCUUGGCUUGGAUGGAUAGGGAUAUCAAAUUAUUGGCUUGAUUAGUAAGGAACGGAAUGGAACGUAACUCGAAUGCAUUGUGGCGAAUGGAGUUUGUGUUAGAAUGGCUUUGGGAAGAUCAAGAUGAGAAUAUACUUUUACCGGAUGCUGCUGACUGGCUAUUUGGUGUCUUCUGGAAUUUAUGAGAUGUGGGAUAUGAGCUUGGGCUAUGGGCUAUGGGCUGCUAGUUGUUAGUCGUGAGUUAGAGAAAGAAGUGAGUUAUCCGCAUAUCUCUGAAGAGGAAUGCAAUGAAUCAAAUAUUG